AUGACGUGUUGGAACUACCUGCCGGCGGAAAUCAAGCAACAUGUCGUCAAAAAGUUGGAUUUCAUGAGCAGAGUGGCCCUUAGAAGUACAUGUCGCCUCAACUAUCAUAUUGUGAAUUCCACGAAAUUGGAAUUGCCACGUGUCAGAUUUGGAUACAAAAGGGGGAGAAGUUUGAUUGUGAUCUACACGGGAAUCGAGAAGUUUCUGAGAUUGGAAUUCGGGAAUUGUGAACAGGGACCGGUUGUGAUGAAAUCCGAAAACACGUGUGACCCAAAAGAAACCAUCACGAAACUGCUGCCGUCACCCGUGAAUUCAAUCGUAUAUUCGAUUCUGACACUGAUUUCUCUACUCGCCCACCAAUCGAUAUUGAUUAAAGUAAUGGAAUGGGAGGUGUCUCCAGAGGACUUUGAAAGACUCAUUGGCCGUCUAAUUCUCAUUUUUUUGGAUGGACAAAAGUUUCGAAUCACCGAAAUUGCGAUGAGACAACAGAAAUGGACACAAAUUCUUCACAAGUUCCCGUUUGAUUUGCUUUAUUUUGACGAGCUGGAAAAUAUCCGACAGAUGGCAUUGACGAUUCAUCCGCAACGCUUGACUCUUUUCAUGGUCUAUCAAUUUAAGCAGUGUAUAAACGGCAAAUGGUUAUACAGUACCGACAUGCGAAUGAAAAGAGAGGCAUGGGAAUCAAAUUAUGUCAUAAGAAUUAAAACGGACAAUGAGAAACACAACGUAGAAACGCCUCCAACGACGACGGCCAUGUUUCUCAGCAAAAACAUCCAUCGCACACUCGGAACAGAAGUAAAGAGCGACGAUAUUGUUUCAUGCUGUCACAAGUCGGAAUGCGGCGCGUUUGUGUAUACGGUGGAAAAGCAGUUCGAGUAUCAUUUGGACUAUUUGAAGAGUCAGAAAUGUGGACUCGGCUCAUUCUGCAAACGAUGCUCGGAUCCAUUCGAAUACUGGUAUUAUCAGAAUUUGCCGCGUCGAGUGCUUCACGAAUCAUUUUGGACGGAUUUCAUUUUGAAUAUCGAUCAGGGAUUGAUUAGGGAGGAGCUGAGAGGAAAGUAUGAGAGAAAUGAGAGGGAGAGGAUUCAGAAGGCGUCGAAGAAGAAGAAAUUGGUGCCAUCGUGGGGAUUCAGAAGUGAGGUGCCAAUUCAAAAUGAGGGGGGACAAGGAAAGAAGAAGAAGAAGAACCCGAUUCUGGAGAAUUUCAAGGAUUCAGAAGACGUCGGAGAGCCAGAAGUCGUCAGUCUUGAAUAUUUCGAGGAUUCCGAGGAUUCCGAGGAUUCAGAAGCCAUGGAGUACCAGAAGCAGACUUCUGACUUCAUGGCUCCUCGAUUCAUUGUGACUGUCGUUUUAUUCCCGAUUCUGGUUUCUUUUAUUUUUUACUUGAUAUGGUUUUGA